AUGCCCCCCACUGCCUCGGGGCCCGGGGGCCUGCGGGCUGCUGGGCGGGCUUUGUGGCACCCAUACGGAGUGGGGGGGGGCUCUGCGUGUGGCACCCUGGCAGGGACCCGUCCUGCCUGGAGGGCUGCGGGGCCGUGGCAGCGUGAUGGGGGGGGACAAUGCUCAGCGCCGGCUGCGUGCUCCCCGCAGGCACUCCUGGCCGUGCUGUGCUGCAGGACGCUGCUCACCUUCCUGGUGGUCCUCGGGGUGCCGGCGAGAGCCUGGAAGGGGCCAAGCCAUGAGCAGCUCCCGCCAGCCCCCCGAGCCGGGGACGGAGGGAAGCUGACGAGGCAGGAAACCGCCGGUGCUAACGAGACGCUGCCAGAUCUCCCUGAAAUGAGGAGGGGUGACCACGGAUCUGGGGAAGGGUCUCAUCCAGACAAAGCCAGCCCGCCACUGCUAGAGGGGUCAGCAAGAAAAGCAUCGCCCUGGCCGAUGAGCCCAGCUGCCAAGAGACCUGCUCCCAGGAAAAAGGCGAGAAAGGUGUCCCUGUCACUUGAUGUCCCCACCCAUGUACUGAAAAUCCUGCUCGACCUGGCCAGAGAGAAGGAGCUGCAGGCCAAGGCGGCCGCCAAUGCCGAGCUGAUGGCCCGUCUCGGGCGCAGGAAAUAAACCUCCCCGGCUGAGCGCGGCUUCUCGGCCACGGCUGGAGAGGGCAGCGGGGCUGCCGGGGGGCACGGGCAGAGAGGAGUGCGGGGCGGCAUCGGUGUGCCUGUGAGGGACUGUGGACAUGGCACCUUGUUCUCCCGGUGCCCAUGGCACAAGCAGCAGCCACGGGAGGACUUGAGAGCACCACUGGAGAAGACACGGCCGGGUUUGCCUUCACUGGGACCAGUGCCAGAGCACAGCUGGGUCCCAGCCCUGGGCACCACAGGGAUUUCUGUGCCUGGCUUCGCUCCCCAUUCACCCACCGCUGGGAUGUCUCCAAAGGGGCCUU